UAAGAGUGUCCAAAAUCGGUGGCCAAAUAUAACUAUUAGCCUAACUCAAUAAGAUGCACAAAAUGACAAUAGUUAUCUUUCAGAAUUAGUCUUUAGAAAAUGUAAUUACCAAGUCAAUUUGCAGAAGGAAACUUCAAAGUAAUUCAGAAUUUGUGAUAUACAAUUCUCACACAAAUCCUCUAUAAAUAAGAACCACCGGAGAAACACAAACAUAGUCACCGGAAAACCAGAAAAUGGAGGAGAUAUCAGAAACUGCAAAAGCUUACUACGCAAAUUUAUCAGAAAAACAUAAACGUUUAGCAUCCGAUUUCUUCAAAGAAAUGGACACAGACGGAGAUGGAAAAAUUACGUUCGAAGAAUACGAACAGCACAUCAAGAAAAAGAAGGGAUGUAAAACAAUUUCAACUCAAGAAUUCUUUAAAAAGCUCGAUAAAGAUGGAGAUGGAAGUUUGGAUUUCGAUGAAUUUAUCGCGGUUCAUUAUUUAUGCUCGAGCGAAAGAAUUUAUUUCUGCGACGAGUGUAAGGAGUUUUUAUACGGAGUUUACUUCACUUGUGUUCAAUGUUUUAAUGGAAGUUCUGGUAAUAGUUAUGAUCUUUGCUGUUCUUGUUAUCGGGAGAAAAAUAUUAAUCAUCAUAAGGAUGCUUUGUUUCUUGAUAAUUAUACACUUUUGCAAGCUAAAAGACAACAGCAGCUCAAGGGAUCUGCAGGCCAGGGCACAAGAGGAGUUUCAGAAACAAUUGAACUUGCAAAUGCGGGUAUUCAAACCACAUCAAAUGUUUUCAGCUUAUGCAGCCAGAUGUAGCUAAAUGUAAUUUGAUUAGCAAUAAUUGUACUAAUGGUGUUUGAGUGCUUUUCGAUAUGUUAAUUUAGUAUUUGAUUUUUCUUUUUUGUAGUUAAAUUUGUUGAUAAAAUUUUAAAAAUUAUAAUAAUAUGGUGUUUUUGAA